AUGGUUUACGAUAUUGCUUUCUCACCUUAUUCCCGACGAUCAGAGUCGAGUGUGGCUGCAUGUAAGCAAGCUCAAGCUCAAUCGCGACGCCUCGCACGCCGCUCAAUAUACCUACAUAGGACGCGUAUCCAGGAUCUACCCAGCGACAUCCUAUUGGACCUCUACCAAGUGCUCUCCGCGAUAGACCGACCGAAUCCUCACGAUGUGGGAUGGAUAAGAAUGACCCAUGUGGAUACCCUAUGGCGAAGGGUAGGACUGGACCUCCCUAUCCUGUGGGCCAACGACUAUGGCUCCAUGGCUUCUCACGAUGCCGUACAGACCUUCCGAACGCGUGCUCGUAACAUCCCUUUGACUGUUUGCAUCCCCGAGCGCCUUAGCAAACAGCAUGAGAAUGUGUUGAUCUAUGCUAUAUCUGCCAGCAUACGUGAUAUUGAGGCGCUCUCACUCAAGACGUACUCCUAUCUAUGGUCUUCGCUUGUCGCAGGCAAGACACUUCCGAAGCUGCGCAUACUAGAUCUCGACGACUCGAAGUUGCACGUUGGCGGUGCGGUGGAUGCUGCACCCUCGGACUACCUUGAAAUGGACUUUCCCCUGAAGGCGCCCCUACUCACACACGUCAGUCUCAGAGGAUGCCGACUGUUCCCACUGUUCGCGCCGUCGCUAUUAUCUCUCACCCUGGCGGACCAGCGUACGACGUCAGCCCGCGUACUCGACGUUCUACGCGGGACGCCUAGUUUGGAGCACUUGGUGCUCGACAUGUCUAUUUUCAACAUCUACGCUCGCGAUCAGGUUGAGCAUCGCGCCGCAGUACAAUUGCCACGCCUGCGCACUCUCCAGAUUCUUCCCGCAAGCGGUCCGUCAGCGACGGGCACGAUACCGUCCAUGAGCCAUCGAUUGAAGCGCGCCCUCGUUCAGCGCAUCAUCACCCCCGAGGACACCGAGAAAGACGUCGUAGACGAUAGCUUUGCGCCUGUCGAGCCCGCUCUGCCUGAGGUUCCCCAGUUCGCCGGGACUCUCGACGCGCAACAGGUCGCCGCACUCCCGCCAGGCCCCGCGCCGGUCGUCGCUCCGGCUCUUCCCAACCCGGCGUCUGCCAUCGCCCAACCACUUGGGUUUCAGAUCGAACCCCCCUCAUACGAAUUCGUUAUGACGCAUGAUGAUGCUGUGCCGCCCGCGGCAAUCGCUCCUGUGGCUGUCGUCCCCGACGCAGCAGACGCUCCUGGAAUGGGCGUAACGGAUGCCGCGGCGCCUCCCUCCACAGAGCCUCCAGCCUACAGUUUCUCACCGUGA